UGUUUUUUCUCACCCAGCCACAACUGUCAGCGGCGUGUGCAUCGCAGCUCAGCUCAGCGCAGCGCAGCACGGAGCUCGGGGCGGAUGCAACCAUCGAAGAAACUGCAUCUCGUCGACAGUUUGAUUUGCUUACUUACCAUCCAAAGGUGUGUUUUUUUUGUGCCGUCGUUAUCCCUUGCUUGUUGAGCUCUGCCUCUCAUCUUACCAUCGCAAGACACAGGUGCUCCGAAAGUUUCUCACGGAGAUGCGGCAGCCACAGACUUUCAGAGCAUCUAACUGAAGUGACCAGGUUGCUGCAAUUGAGGAACCUGAAGUCGGAGCUGCUGCACAGAAAAGCAAAGUUGGAACUGGAUGUGAAAUGGUUAAGUCCAUGUUGUGUAUUUUUCUUUUAAGAUUGAUUCCUGGAAGAGUGAUAGCAUUCUUUGAAUCUCCUGAAGACGGAUAAGACAUAGUCACAAUGGAUUUAACCUUGUUUCAGUUUUUCUCUCUGCACAGAGGUCGGAGACUGACCCCCAAAAGCAUACCUUUUGCUCUUUUACUUUGUGCAAGUUUAGCUUGCAGCUCACUUGGAAGCUGCCCAGAUGUAUGCAUUUGUGCUAGUGACAUUAUAACAUGCACGAACAAGAAUCUAUCAACUGUACCUUCUAUUGUUUUCAAAUUUAUUAACAGACUUGACUUAAGCUACAACAAAAUUACUAUUCUCAGUGGUGACUGGGCUUCACGUCCCCUUGAUAAACUUAACACACUAAUUUUCAGUUAUAAUUCUAUAAGUACAGUAUCUUUGGGAGCUUUUCGUAAUGUAGCUAGUGUCCGCUAUCUUGACCUGUCAUCUAACAGACUGAACACAUUAGAUAAAAAUAUGUUUCAUGAUCUGAAAGAAUUAGAAAUCCUGCUCCUGUUCAACAAUGGUAUUACUCGAAUUAAUUCUGGAGCUUUUGGAGGAUUGGAAAAAUUACAAAAAUUGUAUUUAAGUAAGAAUUUUCUCUCUGAAUUUCCCAUGGAACUCUUGUUUAGCAAGUACAGUCUUGCACAACUUGAACUUCUUGAUCUAUCUUCUAACUUAAUCAAGGAAGUGCCUGUCCAGAAGAUCAUUGCGCUUCCAGCAAGACAACAGUAUGGGCUAUAUCUUCAUGAGAAUCCAUUUAUUUGUGACUGUGCAUUGCAGACUAUGAUACUUUACUGGAAGAAGAGGAAAUUUCGCUCUGUCAUAGAGUUCAAUAGUGAUUAUAAUUGCUUCAGCCAGUCUAGUCAGAAAGUGCCCAUUAAUCCUUCCCCUAAUUCUGAUGACUCUAUGAACUGUUCCAACAGCACUAUCAAUGGCUCCUUCUUUUUCUCAGGAAUGAUUUAUGAAGUUCGUAUUGGUGACAGGCUCGUGGCACAUUGUGACAGUAAAAUAGCUGAUGUGAGUUCAAAUUUCUAUUGGGUUACUCCAAGCCAAGAGCUCAUUCAGCCAGGUGAUGAGACACUCAACUUGAAGGUUUUCCAUAAUGGAAGUCUUGAACUCCACCACGCAAGACCUGAGGAUUCUGGAAUCUAUAAAUGCAUUGCAGUUAGCAAUAAGAGGAAUCUAAAUGAAACAGUAGAAGUCACAUUUAAAGUAACCAAUUCUACUGACAAGCCAAGGGGACAUGAAACAUUUAAUACCGCCUUUACAACACUUGCAGCAUGUGUAGCAAGUAUUGUUCUAGUUUUAAUUUACUUAUAUUUAACUCCUUGCCGAUGCUGGUGCAAAGCUAAGAAAACAGAGCGCAAGCAAAAUGCGGGCAGUGGCCGGUCAUCAAUAUUGAGUGCUGCAGUAUCUAGUGACAUUCACUCAGAAAGAAAAACCAGUACUGGUAAAAGAGUGGUGUUCUUGGAGCCUGGCACAGAAAAUCAGCCAAGUCAAAAUGGGAAAGUAAAAUUACUUUCUUCUGAACAAGGCAUGACUGAAAGCAUCUUGAAAAACAGCAGGGCGAAGUGCGAUUCUGACUCAGUAACAUCACUGUUUUCAGAUUCACCAUUUGUUGCUUAGUAGUAUUUUCCUAAAUCUGCAUAGAAUUGUGGUGGUAUUAGUCCAACACAUGCUUUUUACAAAGACAGUUUUUUAGCAACUUCUUUAUCAAAACAAAAUGCAUUUAUAACUCGGUAGAAUGGAGGAAAUGGCAUGUACACUUAGUUUAAUUAUUGUUCCUGACCAGUAAUGAUAAAAUCUUUAUCUGGUAUUUUUGCCUUAUUUAGGAUUUAUUCACAUCCAAGAAAAAUCAUACAUUUAGUCUUAUAAAAUAAAAUAUGAAAUUAAAUUGGGAGUUAAAACUGGUCUUCAAGUAAUAGAAAGGGAAUGCUUGUUAUACUAAAAGUAAACUAUAAUUAAAAAUGCAUUUAUAUUGUGCAGUAUAUGUAAGAAUUAUAUAUGCUUCAGCAUCAAAAGAUUUAUAUUUCUUUUUAACUUUUAAAGAUAUAAUUUUUAUAUAUUUAUUUAUAUAUUUACAGAUAAUUAGUUUACAGUCUGAAAGACUGUCUAAAUGCCACUCUCAGAUAUUCAUGAACCAUCCGAUCUAGAAAAGGCUAUGUGCUGGCUCAGGGAAUUCAUUGGGUGUGUUCUUUGCUGGAUCAAUUAAAGGGAUGUUAAACAUUAUGUUAUGUUUUGCUUUCAUUGUAUAAAAAAAAUCAGACAAAUGCAAUUAUUGCCAGGC